AGUACAUACUAGGCUCGCAUCCAGCGCAUCCUGCGGGCCACAUUUGGAUUUAUGAAUCCAUGUCAGCACCGAAGCACCGAAGCUCUCUGGCCGGUUCCGCUUGAUUCUAUAACCAGCGUCUUUCGACGUCCAGAGGCUGAGCCUGUUCCUCAUCUCUUGCGCCGAUGCGGUAUUUCUGAUUUCCCACGCGCCCAUAGCUCUGUACCUAGCUAGAAAGCGACCUGCUGCUGCUGUCCGUUACCAUGAGUUUCGGCGGCUUCCUGGCACAGCUCGAUGAAGGGCUGAGCUCUCUCGUCGGCCAGUGGAAUGUCUAUUCCACCGGCAUCGUGACCCUCCUGGUCCUUCUCGUCACGUAUUCCAUCACGAGCCGCGUAGAACCCGAGAUUCAUCCUAUGCUCCUGGCCCGCCAGGGUCAUGGUUCCCCUGUGCGUCAGGAAGGGGAGUCGCCCAUCUACCGCUCAAACGCCGCGCCUCACAGCAUGCCCCUCAAUAGCGGCCUGAAUGUCAAGGAAGCUGGCGCCUCCAAGUGGUCGCAGGGUCGUGACGGUGAUUUGAGAGACGUUUGGCGCAAGGCUAUCACGGGGUCAUCUGAGGGUGAUGGUGCAAAGGGCAAAGGUCGUAUUCUCACCGUCUUGGGUCGGGAGAAGGUCAUCGAACAUAAACUUGGGGAUGUGACUCGGCAGAUCAAUCUGGUCGGCCAGUAUAUCUCAUCUCAGGGCGGAAAGAAGGUGGCCAUUUAUCUGCCCAACUCGGUCGAGUACAUUGCUACGCUCUUCGCCUGUAGUUUCUAUAAUAUAACCGCCAUCCUCCUGCCUUACGACCAGUCGGAUGCGUCUAUCAUCUCUAUGCUCCAGCAAUCAGGAGCCGACACUGUCGUCACAUGUCCUGGAACGUUCCCUUUCGAUAGUGUGGUGAAGAGCUAUCCGGCUUUGCGCCAACUAAUCUGGGUUGUUGACGAAGGCAGCAAACAUCUCGAUUGGAAUGAGGUCCCCAAAGGCAUGGGUGGCAAGGUGAAUGUAUCUACGUGGCAGGAUAUUUUGAACGAUCAACCACAAACUGCUGGAGCCGAGCUACCUUCAGUUGACACUCAGGUUGCUGCACCUGACGUAGUCAUGUUCUGGGUAUCUAAGAACGACUCGAUCGAAGAAAUGGUGCGUUUCACACAGGGAAACCUUGUGUCAGCCAUCUCUGCGCAGCUUGUCGCCAUCCCGACAAAGGAACGCUUCUCGCCAGCUGACCUCUUCCUUCCUGCGGCGCCACUUUCUUCCUCGUACGCUCUGGUUUUGACCCUCGUCGCUAUAUAUAGCAAUGCUUCCGUUGCCUUCAACUCUGUAGCAGGUGCUUCGCCGGAUCUGACCCUUGCCACCCAAGGGGUCUCACCAACUGUCAUUGUUACAACACCAGAGACGCUCUCCAAGACCCAUGCUGAGACGAAAGGCAAAGUCACAUCUGCCCUCUCGUCCCUCUCCCACUGGAUUCAAACUCGCAGCCUUGUCCAGAAUGGCGUUAUGCCCGUCGCAUCAUUCCUCGCUUCGUACAAUGAUUUCCUCUAUCCCCGGCUUGGGACUGAGCCUGGCAAGUUGCGGCUGGUUUACGUAGCGCACCCAGCCGACGGCAACAACAGUCCACUACUAUCUGAACUCGCGCUUUCCGAUCUGCGCAUCUUCACCGGUGCGCGAGUGAUUUACGCCCUCUCUGCUGCACCAUGCGCAGGCGCCGUUGCUCAGACACAAUUCCAUGACUACCGCGUCUCUGGAAAUGGAAAGGGCUCACAUUUCGGCCCCCCUGUCAGUAGCACCGAGAUAUUGUUGCGUGAUACUGGCUCGUACAAGAUUACGGAUGAAAACUACACCGGCGCUGUUGUCGUCCGCGGUCCGGCUAUCGUGGGCGGAGAGGCAACACUAGGCUUAGUGGCUACGAUUCGCGACGAUAACACCAUCUCGGUCGUUUAAAUGGUCCCAUUAUAGACUCGGAGAUCCAUGCAAUCUUGAUCACGAUGUUGGAAGAGAACGACAAAUCUUUAGGGAAAAGGCUCGGCGAAACAAUACAAACAAACACUGUUGAUGCGACCAAUGAAUGAUUUUUCUUGCGCUAGUCAUGCUCGUAGCUUCCACUGAUAUAGACAAUUUUCAAACUGUUCCAAACUCAUUGAUGUCCCCCCCCUCUUGCUAUCAUGCGUCCAUGGUACUCUGAUUUAACUUACCUUCGAAUUCAACUAGAUUUGCUACCAACAUAUCCUGUAUC